GGACAAUUUAAGACUAUGGUGGGGGCACGUAUGCCUUAGGCUUUCAGGGUCUAUUUUGAUUCUUGCUAAAAUACUAAGGUACACCAGCAUGAUGCAAAAUAUUGGCUCAGGGAAUAGGGUCAGUUCUUUCCAAUACAUCAUGAGCUGGUAUAAGAUUGCUACUUAUGCAUCACCAAAGAAGAGUACAUACAUUUGCACCAAAUCUGCAAGUUAUAGCUAAAUAAAUAUAUGCAGAAUUAGAAAUAAUAUAGUUUAAAUAAAAUUAAUACAUUUCACCAGAGUGAGGAAGACUGAUGAAGUGAAAUUAUGGCUGCUUGUUUUUGUGCUAACUGUGGAUGGACAAUUUCAAGGCUGUAGGCCUUCCUUAAUAUGGUUGUCACUAAGGUGCACUUGCACUGGAGUCUGGCCAGCCCAUUACACAGAUGACCGCUCUCUAAAAAUUGGACAUGUGGACACCAUGCUCAGGCACAAGUGCAAGUCUGCUUCUGAUAUUCCAGAGAUUAGGGUUACUAGCACUUCUUUCUAAAACUAGCCAGCAAUGCUGAAGAGAAAUAUUGCUCCUGUUUGUCAUAUGAGAAAUACUGAAGCUAAGAGAAAAUCACUUGGCCCGGCCAUAUCUGAGAUUUUUGUCUUGCUCUGAUUAAAGUAUGGUGGGGGUGUCAGAAACCAUGGCAAGCUACUGAAAUUACUCUGCAUCCUUCCAGUAGAUCUAUCAAAGACACCCCUGAUUUAUGAGAACGCACCAGUUAUACAAUAUCUGAAGAACUGAAGCAGGAAACCAAGCAGCUCACGUUUCUUGGUGACAUCUGCAAAAGGAAGUACACCAAUACAAUGGAGCCAGACUUCCUCAAUGCCUUUUCAAAGCUUGCUAAAGUGACUCCAUUGCCACAAGAGGAGGACUUUGUUCCAGGAGAAAAAAGGAAAUUCCUAACUCCAAGUUCUCGAAAUGACCCUAAACUGGAAGCUCUGCAAACAUUUUUGAUCAACUGGAUUAACACAACCUUGAAGCAUGAGCACAUAGUGGUGAAAAGCCUUGAACAAGACCUCUAUGAUGGGUUAGUACUUCACCAUCUCAUAGAGAAACUUGGAUCGCUCACUCUGGAAGUAGAGAAGUUUGCAAUGACAGAACAGAAACAACGACUUAAACUUGCAGUUAUUCUGAAAACUGUGAGCCAGUGUUUACAGCUAGAGGAAAGUGAGGUGAAAUGGAGCGUGGAUGUCAUCUUCAGGAAGGACCUAUUAAGCACACUGCAUCUUCUGGUGGCCAUUGCUGAGCAUUUCCAACCAGAGCUUCCUAUACCUCCAAAUGUAAAUGUGGCUGUAAUAAAUAUAGAGAGUACUGCACAUGGAUUAAAGACUGAAAAUACAAUAGAGUGCAUCACAAAGAAGAGGGAAACUGCAGAAAAUUUUGCAAAAGCUGACAUCUUCAAUGAAUUACUGAAAUGUGCUCCAGAGAAACUGGAAGCUGUAAAACAGGUACUUUUGAAGUUUGUCAACAAGCAUGUUGAAAAAUUGGGAUUAAAUGUGACAAAUCUUGACUCUCAGCUUGCAGAUGGAGUUAUUUUACUCUUGCUAAUUGGGCAGCUUCAGGGCUUUUUCCUGAAUCUGGGAGAUUUCUUCCUGAAUCCAAAUUCUGUUUUAGAAAAGGUACACAAUGUUAACCUUGCAGUAGAUUUCAUGAUGGAUGAAGACCUUUUGGACACUCCCAUCAACCCUGAAGAUAUUGUGAACCAAGAUAUGAAUGCUACAUUGCUGGUCUUGUACUGCCUGUUCUCCAAAUACAAGAUCAAAGGGAUAUGAAGAAGAAAACUCAAAAGGCAUCUAUCAGAUUGAUUUUUGUUAGCAGUGUACUUCCUAGUCCUAAUUAUUGUUUGAUGUGUUGCAUCUAUAUACACACGCUCUCUAUAUACAUGUACAUGUGGAUAUGUUUCAGUGUCAGAAAUAACA